GGAAACGAAUUUUCCUUCUGUGAUAAGUUUUUUUUCCUCUGUGUAAGUGUGUGUGUCGCAGCCUGUCACAGCACCUCUGUUGUUCAUUCACACCCUGGAAAAGGAGAUCACUGCGCGCUCUAAAUCCAGCUUUCACGGAUUGCAUGUGUGUGCGUGUGUGUUUGUAUGCGCCUGUGUCUGUGGUGGCAUGCGAGAGCCCGUUGAUUCGCCUUUUUUGAUUCGACAUCACAUCUCUUUUUGAUGUUGUAUUUCCCCAGGUGUUCGUAAUUUUCAAAGAUCAACAGAAAUGGCAUCUGCACCGGUAGCGAGCAAGCACAGCUUGAAACCGGCGGAAAAUGAAUACAUCGCGCCAUCUUACUUGCCGAACUUGAAGAAGUACAAGUACUCAGGCGCCGACUUCUCCAUCGUGAGCCGUUACAUCUUGCAGCCGUACUGGAACUUCAUCGUGAGUCUCGUGCCCAUGACGGUGGCCCCAAACCAGAUCACUUUUACGGGUUUCCUCGUCGGCAUGUCCUCCACAUUGGUGCUCCUGUACUACUACUUCUUUGAAAACGGCGACUUCCCGAGCUGGGCGCUCUACUACGCCGCCUUUUCGCUUUUUGCCUAUCAGACUCUGGAUGCGAUUGAUGGCAAGCAGGCUCGUCGCACCGGCGCCGGCAGCCCUCUCGGCGAGCUCUUCGAUCACGGCUGCGACGCCUUUCUCACCCCUUUUGUGAUGGUGAACGUGACGCUGGCCAUGUACGUUGACGGCCCCGCUCGUUUCUGGCCGCUGGCGCUCACCUGCCUCGGCCUCUUCACCGCUAUAUGGGAGCAAUUUAGCACCGGCACCUUCGACCUCGGCUACGUCAGCGGUCCCACGGAGGGCAUCCUUGUCAACUGCCUCAUUUUUACCCUAAGCGCCAUCUGGAAGGAGUCGCUGUGGUCCAUGUCCGUGGUGGGGCCCUACGACAUCCCGUACCCCGCCGCCCUGUCCUUCCUCUUCCCAAACAGCGACGGCACCGUGCACUUCGAGACGGCGCGCGAGGUGAUAUUUGUCGUGUUUGUGCUCUCGUGCUCCUCGACCGUGCUCGUCAACAUCGCCCACGUCGUGGUGCGACCGUCGGUGCAUUCCUCUAAACUAGUCCCUUUCUUAGCCGCGCUGCCCAUCGCCUUCGUCUCGGGACUCGUGCUGCACAUCUUUGUGCUCUACCCCGCCGUGCCGGCCAGGUUUCCUUUCGCCCUGGAGGUCAGCUACGGCCUCCUGCUCUCUAUCACCGUUACUCGCUUGACCAUAGCCCGCCUCUGUGUGAUGCCGUACAAGUCGGUACACCUGUACUAUGUGUUGUACACGGGCACGCUAAUGAUGGCCUCCGCGGCACACUACCUCGGCGACGCUGUUGUUGCCCGCGCCACCGUGGAGACGACGUUGGGCUGGGCCUUGGUGGGACUGGUGGGGUGCGCGGCGCUGCAGUACACCCACAUGAUCCUCUCCGUAUUUGGCCAGAUUGCGCGUUAUUUGAACAUCUCCAUCAUGACGAUCGGGCCAAAGAAAAACGCUUAA